CUGGUUUAGUUAUUCUGGUACAUCUUAAAUUGGCUCCAGCAGUAGAAGAAGAAGCGCACCACUAUGAUUUUAGCUUGCCGGUCGGAAAAUAGAAAUUAGGGGAAUGGGUGAUACACAUCCGCAGGGGGACAUUUUGAAAAUGUCCCACAGAGAGAACUGGAAAGUGCAGCAUGAGCGGCUGCACGUGAAGCACAGAGGCCAUGAGGCCAUGCACGCUGAGAUGGUGCUCAUCCUCAUCGCCACGCUGGUGGUGGCCCAGAUUGUCCUGGUGCAGUGGAAGCAGAGGCACAGCCGCUCCUACAACAUGGUGACUCUGCUGCAGAUGUGGGUGGUGCCGCUCUACUUCACCAUCAAGCUGUACUGGUGGCGCUUCCUCUCCACCUGGGGCAUGUUCUCCGUCAUCACCAGCUACAUCAUCUUCAGGGCCACGCGCAAGCCCCUCUCAGGCAGAACGCCCAGAAUGGUGUACAAGUGGUUCCUGCUCAUCUACAAGCUGAGCUACGCAGUGGGAGUGCUGGGCUACCUGGCCAUCAUGUUCACCAUGUUUGGCUUCAACGUCCUCUUCAGGAUUAAAGCAGAGGACUCGAUGGAUGUGGGCGUCAUCAUGCUCUUCUAUGGCCUGUACUACGGCGUCAUGGGACGGGAUUUUGCUGAGAUCUGCUCUGACUACAUGGCCUCAACCAUAGGGUACUACAGUGUGGGGGGCAUGCCCACGCGCAGCCUCUGCGACGACAUCUGUGCGGUGUGCGGCCAGAAGAUCCUGGUGGAUGUGGAUGAAGAGGGCAUUAUUGAGGACACGUAUCAGCUCUCCUGUAACCACAUCUUCCAUGAGUUCUGCAUUCGUGGCUGGUGCAUUGUGGGAAAAAAGCAGACCUGUCCCUACUGCAACGAGAAGGUGGAUCUGAAGAGAAUGAUGAAGAAUCCUUGGGAGAAAACACAUGUGUUGUACGGACAGCUUCUGGAUUGGCUGAGGUACCUUGUUGCUUGGCAGCCCAUCAUAAUUGGCAUCGUUCACGGAAUCAACUUCACCUUGGGCCUCGAAUAGAGAAAAUGGCAAAAAGAACAGAACUAUGAACCAUUUUUAAGCGGCUUGCACGGUUUUGUCUGUUAGUAUUUAUAAGAUGUAAAUUCUGUACUUUACCAUGUAUAGAUGCAGAUGCUUUUGUAUCAUAUUAUUUAUUUAAUACAGUAUCAAGUGCUUCACACAGCCAGCUCAGCCAAUGACUUGCAUUGUAAAGCGUGGGAUUUCAACACAUUGAAAUGUCUAGAAAACUUGCUGAUGCCGUUACGUGUUGGAUUUUUUUGUUGUUUUUAACGCCUGUGUGACCUGUUUUCCAUUUCUGCAUUGUGGUUCACUCAUCUACUCAGCUGUUUAUUCCAUGAUGCAUAUGAUUAAUUAGAGACCAUGGGCUUGAUUUUGAUAUUUACUUACUGUGGGAUGUAACGACCCCUUCCUGUUUACUGUUAAGGGUAUAAGCUAUGGUGCCAUAAAACCUUCUUUUCAUGAGGACUUGAUGCCUGAGAAUCAGUAGAGGUAAGAAGUGAAAACUUCACUCUGAUCUCUUGUGUAAGGGAGCGUUUCUUUUUUUUUUUUUUUUUUUCUAAGUCUGGAUGAGGGAACCUCGUUUUUGGGGGGUUAAGCACAUUUAUAUCCAUCCAUCCAUCCAUAUCUGUAUUUUGGUUAGUUUGUGGUCAGCUGAUUGUUGACAGGAUAUUGUUCUGAAAUCCUUCACUGACAAUGAGAUAAAUUUUAAAAGAAAA